AUGAGGUUUAUCAACUAUAUUCGAGAGGAGCAUGUGAGCGGAGACAAGGUCCAUGGCAUACCCAGGCUCCAAAAUCCAGCCACUUUGCAAGAUUCAGAUCGAUUUCUUCAGGUGGCACUCUCUAAUUCCAACGAGGAUCUCGUCAUUCUGGCAAUAGAUAAAGCGACCGCUGAUAUUGUCGGUUAUCGAACUAGAAGUAAGGCCUGCUUCUUUACGGAUACUAUUGGCCCCGAUACAUCCAGCGUUUUUCCUGGCAUUACGCGUUACCAGCUUCCGUUCAGUAGUGGAUACUCGGGUAUGGAGAUGGUUUCCGAGGCCAUUCGCUACAUAUAUGUGGAGAACCUUCUGGUUGAACACAUUACCGAGACCAAUGAGGCCUACCUCCCCACCGCCGCCAUGUUCACCUUCGAAGAAAACUGGAAACAACUCUCCACCAGAAUCCAAGAAUCAGUCGGCGGUGUAAUUUACCCUGCAUUUGUGUUACCCGCUGCGUCAAACAAAAAUGUAACAUUAACCUCAAUCACCCCAACUCUGGGCCGAAACAUUGCUCUCCUUCUUUACGUAUGCGACUCAUGUACCAACAUCCCAGAGCCCACAGUCAGUAUUAUUGGCCGCAACGGACUUUGCGUCGAUGUGUAUUCUAAUUUGUACUACGAUACAUCACCUAUUAUCAUGUGGCCAUGUAAGUCCACCAAUAACAGCAAUCAACUAUGGACUCUGAUGAAUGACGGGACAAUUCGAUCCCAAGGAAAGUGCUUGACUGCAUUGGUUAUUGGAGCUGCGGUGAUCUAUAACUGCACCACUAAGCUCGCGGCUUCUAGUAGUAUCAGUUGGAAAAUCGAGGAUAACGGGAAUAUCAUAAACAAAGAUUACAAGUUAGCUUUACACGCGGACGGGGGGGUGUUAGGAGUCAAUUGA